AUGAUGAACACGACGAUCAAUCCUGCGCUACAAUUCGUAGCAACUGAAAUGGAACGCCACGCAGCAGCUGUGAAUUUGAACACUGUGUUGAUUAUUGUUUUGGCAGUGGUGUUGAUCAAAGAAAUCCGCCGGGGCCAGGAGUCCAUCAACCACUUCAAGGAGUCCAUCAACCACUCCUUGACGUGGUUGCUUGUGACAACUCCUGAGCGUCUUGACUUUUGGCAUCCCCGUCAGAAAAACACCCCUGCACCCUACGAUCGACCAAAGGGACUACGAGUGAAGUUGAAGAAACAUUAUGGGGACGACAAAUGCGCCGUUACAGGUAUUCCGACGAAUUCGGACACGGAGAACAAAAUCAGUUUUGUGCGAACUCGCAAGGAAGGCGGAACAACUUACUUCAAGAUGAAGCUAUGGGAAGCAAAUGUGGGGGGAAAGCUUAUCUACAAAGGGGCGGAUGCCGACGAGACGAUUGAAAAAUACGCUGAAACGGAAUUUGGAUUUGACGAUGAUAAGACGCCAUAUACCCACAUCCUGACGUAUCAUCACAAGGUUUGCUACUAUCACGCGAAAAGCCAAGGUCGGGUGGGCGACGGAAAGCCAGACAUUUUUGGCAGCCCUUUGGAAGACGAUCGUAUUCCCAAGGAAAUUCAUGUUUCACUCGAUUCGUUCUCGGACGAGCAGACAUCAUUCAAAGCUACUCCGUCUCCACUUUGCCGGAAGAACAAACAAUACGGUCUCGGGUUGUUUCCUUCAGGAUCCUCGUCGACAGCGUCAAUGCAUUCAGAGCAAGACUGA